AUGACUUCCCCUCAAGAUCUCGAAGAACAACAACAGACCCUCAUUACCCCCGACCAGCGCCAACAAACACCACCACCCGAAAUCACGACCCACACACCUUCUGUCAUGUCUCGCUUCAGCAUCCCCAUCGAUGCCCUGACAUCCAGGAUGAACUUGGGCGGACGCUUCGACAGCAUCCGCUCUACUUCAGUCUCGUCGCGAUUCGCCAACCUACGACCCAUCUCCGAGUUCUUCGACUUCAAGCGCAUCUCCAAGCCCGCCAACUUUAGCGAGGUUCAGAGCAGGGUCAACUACAACUUGGGCUACUUCUCGAGCAACUAUGCCGCUGUCUUCGUCAUGCUUAGCAUCUACAGUCUGCUCACCAACUUGAUGCUGCUCUUUGUCAUCAUCCUCGUGGUCGGUGGUAUGUUUGGAAUCGGCAAGCUAGAGGGCAAUGAUCUCCAGCUCGGUAGCUGGCGCGCGAGCACCUCCCAGCUAUACACUACGCUCUUCGUCAUUGCGAUUCCUCUCGGACUCUGGGCCUCGCCCUUUUCCACUGUUCUCUGGCUCAUCGGCGCAACUGGCGUCACCGUCGUGGGCCACGCUGCAUUUUUGGACAAGCCCAUCGAGUCAGCUUUUUCCGAGGAGGCGGUCUAG